UUUGAACCCGAAAAGCGUGCUAAGUGUGGCUUUAACUUUUAUACAAAGCAACAUGCUUUUCCUAAACUGAGACACUGGGCGCUGUUUACAAGAGAAGAUGGCCCAGUCUACGGAAACGUGUGCUGAGUCUGGACGCAAGCUGCGCUCCAUCUGCCGGAGGAUGUAUGACGAAAACGAUGAUCCGUCUGAUGUUGAAGAAAUUGCCAAUAUUAGAGGAUUUAGUGUAGAAGAGAAGCUCACCAGUGACAUCUACACCUCAAACUUUGUGCACAUAAUGGAUGGUAGGGAUUUUACAUAUGAGUAUGUACAAAGGGAAGGUCUUAGAAAGCCCCUUAUCUUCAAAGAGAAAGAUGGCUUAGGGAUCAGAAUGCCUGAUUCACAAUUCACAGUUAGUGAAAUUAAAGGUCUAGUUGGAAGCCGUCGCUCUGUGGAUGUAAUGGAUGUGAGCACUCAGAAAGGCUCUGAGAUGAGCAUGGCUCAGUUUGUUCGCUAUUAUGAGACACCAGAGGAAGAGAGAGAUAAGCUGUUUAAUGUUAUUAGUUUAGAGUUCAGCCACACUAAGCUGGAACACCUCAUCAAAAGACCAACAGUGAUUGACCAAGUUGACUGGGUGGACAAUAUGUGGCCUCCAGAUCUUAAACAUAGCCAGACCGAAGGAACCAAUGUUAUUUCAGAAAUGAAAUACCCUAAAGUUCAGAGGUACUGUUUGAUGAGCGUCAAGGGCUGCUACACAGAUUUUCACAUUGAUUUUGGAGGCACUUCAGUCUGGUAUCAUGUCUUCAAAGGGAAGAAGGUAUUCUGGCUGGUCCCGCCAACUUCUUAUAACCUUGCCCUAUAUGAAGACUGGGUUUUGUCAGGGAAGCAGAGUGACAUUUUCUUGGGAGACCGAGCGGAUGGAUGCCAGAGAGUGGAGCUUAAGCAAGGAUACACCUUCUUUAUCCCAUCUGGCUGGAUCCAUGCUGUCUACACUCCAGAGGAUACACUGGUGUUUGGAGGCAACAUUUUGCACAGCUUUAACAUUCCUAUGCAGCUCACCAUCCAUGAGAUAGAGAACAGAACCAAGGUUCAUUCCAAAUUCCGCUUUCCUUUUUACUACGAGAUGUGCUGGUAUGUUAUUGAGAGGUAUGCAUAUUGCCUAACUAAGCGAUCCUACCUUUCUCAUGAGUUCCACAAAGAGCCAGCACUAUUGGAUAUUGACUCCACAACAAAUAUAGCUAGCCCCUUCUCUGAUUCAAGGAGCCAGGAUGUGAAUGAGGACUCAUACGAGAGAAUUUACACGGACACUUCACCUGGGAACACAAAGAGUCAUCUUUUUGGAGCAGAUCUUUCUCUGGACUUGGAAGACAGCUGUAAUCCUGGUUUCAAUACAUUAGAUUUCCCCAAAUCCCCAUUGGACUGUUCUCUGUCAGAGUCCAAGAGCAAAUGGACUUAUUUAACUGAGUUUGAACUAAAUGGUCUUAAAACACUGGUAGAAAAACUGGAGGCCCUACCUGAAAACAAGAAGUGCGUUCCAGAGGGAAUUGUAGAUUCACAAAGGCUUCUAGAAUCAAUGAAGGUUGUGUUAGAAGAACAUGCCGAUGAUGACUCGAUGUUGGCCAUAACAGGAGUUCCUGUAGUAUAUGGGCCUAAAAAUAAUAUGAAGCCUCGGCCACCAAACCGGCCAAAACCCAAGAUGGCAGCUUCACCAGCAUCAGCAGUUAAACUGUCAGCCAGUCGGGGGACAUCUGGUGCACGCCGCAGAAGGACCCGGUGUCGGAGGUGUGAGGCAUGUCUUCGCACUGAGUGUGGGGAAUGCCACUUUUGCAAAGACAUGAAGAAGUUUGGUGGACCUGGUAGGAUGAAGCAGUCCUGCAUCAUGAGGCAGUGCAUUGCGCCGGUUCUGCCUCACACUGCAGUAUGUCUGGUCUGUGGAGAAGCAGGGAAAGAGGACACUGUUGAAGAUGAAGAAGAGAAGUUUAAUCUCAUGCUCAUGGAGUGCUCUAUAUGCAAUGAGAUUGUGCAUCCAAACUGUUUAAAAGUUAAAGAUUCAAAUGGGGUUGUUAAUGAUGAGCUACCAAACUGUUGGGAGUGCCCUAAGUGCAACCAUGCAGGGAAAACCGGGAAAGCUUCAAAGCAAAAACGGGGUCCAGGUUUUAAAUAUGCAUCAAACCUUCCUGGGUCCUUAUUGAAAGAGCCACGGCUGACCAGAGACCAAAAAGAAGAGUCUGACUCUCCAAUGAUGCCAACCGCAUCUGUCACCACCAUGACCACAGCCCCUGUUUUAAAGAGAAAGGCAGAACGGGAGGAUGUCCCAAAGAGAAAAGAUGAAGAGCCUCCAAAGAAGAGGCCUCCACUGCUUUCGCUGGAAAGCACGACCCGACCCAGGCCUGAGGACAACCCACUGAGGAAAAAGAGGAAACUCUUUGAUACCAAUGAUGAACCUGUCCUUUUGAAAAAGAAGAAGAAGCUCUUCAAACAUGACGGCUCUUUGUCUCCUAAAUUCUUCCGGCAAAUCAAGACUGAGAAUGAUCUGGAGGAUGACCAUAAUGAUAGGGCAGACGAUGACUUUUUCUCAAACAGGAAGUAUUUCAAAGAAAAGAAGUACCAGCAUGAAGCAGAGGAUGAAGACGAGGAAGAGGAAGCAAUAAUAAGAGACAAAUAUACAGCUGAUGACAAAUCAAAAGUUCACUUAAAUCCUCUGCUUAGAACAUCAGGAGGGUGUGACAGUGACCACAUCCCUGUACACACCAGCAAAGCUGGGUCCAGUGCUGACAUGACAGAUGUACAGGACAAGAGCUCCAGACACAUGAAAGCCUGCCACCAGCGUAAAAGAGCAGCCAAGGAGAAAGAAUUUAGCCAGGACAUUUCAAAGUCUGAAGAAAAACUGCUGAAGAGAGAGGACAGUCCAGGCUGCCACAACAGAAAACCAAUAAAGCUUGAGGACACUACGACCAGUCAAAAUCGGAAACCUCUAAAAACAGAGGACUUAAGCACUAUUCAGAACCGAAAGAGCCUUAAAACUGAAGAUGCUCUAAACAAUCAAAACAGGCGUCCAUUGAAAACAGAAGACAGUUUGUCCCAUCAAAACCACAGAACUAUCAAAACUGAACCUGAAAAUGAUGGAGACGACUCAAAGUCUAAAUGGACUCUCAAUAAUGGCAAUAGUGAUCUUGGGGACUGGCUUCGCCAUCGAGGGCGGGACAUUAACGGGAACCAAAAAGGGUACUCACCUCUAGGAUGGAACAGGAGCUUGCCAGUCUCACCCAUCUGCCCCCGACCUCCACCCUCUCGCUCCCCUCCUAAAUGUGUCCAAAUGGAGCGUCAUGUGAUCCGCCCCCCUCCCAUCAGCCCCCCUCCUGACAGACUGCCCCUAAACGAUGAGGAGUCUCACGUGAUGCGGCGGGAGGCCUGGAUGUCCGUGUUCAGUCAACUGACUCACAAAGACUUGUGUGUGUGCAUGCGCGUGUGCCGCACCUGGAACAGAUGGUGUUGUGACAAGAGGCUGUGGAAGCACAUCAAUCUUAGUCGCUGUAAGUCCAUCACUCCUCUCAUGCUCAGUGGGAUUAUCCGCCGACAGCCUGUCGCUUUGGACCUCAGCUGGACCAACAUCUCCAAGAAGCAGCUUAGCUGGCUCAUCAAUAGACUGCCAGGCCUUCGCAUGCUGCUGUUGUCCGGAUGUUCGUGGGUUGCUGUCUCUGCGCUCUGCACAUCCAGCUGUCCUCUCCUGCGCACUCUGGAUGUUCAGUGGGUCGAAGGACUAAAGGAUGCGCAGAUGAGAGACUUGUUAUCACCACCCACAGACAACAGGCCAGGUCAGCUGGACAAUAGGAGUAAACUGCGUAAUGUGGUUGACCUGCGUCUGGCUGGACUGGACAUUACAGACACUUCAUUGCGCCUCAUCAUUCGCUACAUGCCCCUAUUAUCCAAACUGGACCUGAGCUACUGUAACCAUGUCACUGACCAAUCUGUCAACAUCCUGACUGCAGCCGGGACCACCUCUAGAGAUUCUCUCACAGACAUUAAGCUCUCUGUGUGCAACAGGGUGACAGACCAGUCAUUGACCUUUUUUAAACGUUGUGGGAGUAUCUGCCACAUCGACCUGCGCUACUGCAAACAGGUGACCAAGGAAGGCUGUGACCAGUUCAUAGCAGAGAUGUCUGUCAGCGUUCAGUUUGAACUGAUCGAGGAAAAACUACUGCAAAAAAUCAGCUAGACUCAAUAUAGCAAUUAUUAUUAAAGAUAGGUUCCACCAGGGGGCAGCAGACUACUGUGCUGUAUUUAGCAGGGAGUAGAAAGCCUCUCCAGUACUACUGAACUGACACAAGGCAGCAAAUUUCAGAACCGAAGCUGAAUGUUUUUGUACAAAUUUAACUGUUGUUUUAUUGAAGCAAUACCUUUUAGACUUCUAUUAUUCGGUAAAAUCAUGGCACCUUUUUAAGUUAUUUAUUUGUGAUGUGUUUUAUGUCUUGAAUCUUGUUUAUCUGUUAAUAGAGUAUUAUGUUGUUCUAAUGCAAAGUAGAUUGAGCUAUAGAGUAAUAUUUUUAUAUCAGAAAAUGUUUCAUACAUUUAUGUGCUCUAUGCACCAGUGUACAGUAAAGUUUAAAUAAAAUCAUAGUCUAUGUUAUUAUUAAGCUUUUGCUGGUGGAGCAGCAAUGGUGUGGAGCUUUUUUCCAAAUAGUCGGCCAGUAACUUGUGGUUUUGGUGUUGAUAAUGCAUUAUAUGUUAUCAGUUUUUUGACAAGACAAAAGGACUGUAAAUGUUCUCAGUAAGGCUACACUGAAUGUUCUUUGCAAGACAAACUAUCUUCACUAGGUAUUCAAACAUUUAUUUGCACUGAAACCACUUAUUUGAAUACAUGGAUGUAUUCACAUGUACAAUGUGGUGUACAUUGUACUUAAAUGAUAUUUUUUCAAAGAUAGCUCUAAAAACUGUCUGUUUAAGCAGUGGGUCCGUCCCGAUAUUUCUGUAUUAACACAGGUGCUUAGUAAAAGAAGUAAAAGUCGUAGCUCUGCAUGUAGUUACGAGAUAUUUCCACCACCAGGUAAUAUGCCUGUAUGUAGAAAAUGUGCAGUGUUCUUGGUUUACUUCCAUUUUGAACCUAACUCCAUACUGUUACACUUUUAAUGAUCUAUACAUUGGCACAAAUCAUUCAGAUACAAAUUAAAUGCCUUUUUAAAUGAAACUCAGGAGUUAACAUACAUUAAUCCAGAAUAUGAAUUGUUUACAUGUUACACACAAAGGGCUGCACUUCCUCUUUAAAUAAGUAGAGAGGCUUUGAUGUAACAUAAAGGUAAGUGUUAGGUUCCAUCACACAGCUCCUGUGUGUGUGAAUUUAGAAAGAUUUCACCUGAAAGAUUUGUGCAAAUGUAUCAGUGACAAUAAAUGAAUGUUUAUUGUGAACAUAUUGCUUUAUGUUAGCUUUAUAUGACCUGAUCAACACUGGCUGUAUAUUUUCUUUUUUUCUUUUUUCUAACUUUUGAGUUAGUCAUGUGAUACCACGUGCUCUCUUUGGCCUUGUUUAUUGUUUGAUAUUUAAACUGCCUGUAAUAGUGUUCUGUUUGUUAGAUUUUUACUUCAUAUUUUGUAUGUUUACAUUUUUUUUACAUUUUGGUUACAGUGAUCAGAUUUUAGUAAAUGUCUAAAUGUGUUUUUUAUACAGUAUAUAUAAUUUAAAUUCUCACAAGAAAAGGUGACAACAUACCUUGAAAUAUUAAAACAUAUUGAAAGUA